GGUAUCUCCCGAGAACAAGCAGUCACCUCCCCUCCCUAAGUCAGAUUUGUCUCCACUCCAAGGAAAUGCACUGUACCUUCCAGUCGAGUAAAGAAACUGUAGUUAGAGUCUUUCAGCUGGACGCCCAAAGAUACAUUCAGCAGAAAAGAAAAAAGAAAAAAAAGGGCGAGGUUGUCUUCACUGAAGAAAGCUGGCGUCCAAAUUUAGGCUAAGAAGUCAUGAGGAGAAUACUUUCGAAUCCCAGGGAGAUACUCUGAGCCCUCCUCCCCUCCUCCUUCCAAUGUUUCAGUGGUUGGGGCCAUGGCCUCUCAGUCAGGCAACAUGAACCGUGAGGACCGGAAUGUGCUCCGAAUGAAAGAAAGAGAAAGGAGAAAUCAAGAAAUCCAACAGGGAGGAGGAGAGGCCUUUCCAGCAAAUUCCCCUCUCUUUUCUGAACCCUACAAAGUGACCAGUAAAGAAGAUAAACUGUCCAGCCGUAUUCAGAGCAUGCUGGGCAAUUACGACGAGAUGAAAGAACCGAUUGGUGACACACUUCCAAAGCCUGUUGGAAAACCUUCUAACAGCUCGUCUUCCUCAGAGGACAAGUCGGGCCCACCCUUGUUUGUCGGGGACCACCGUGGCAUCGGUAGCGGUGGCAGCAGCCAGAGCAGUAAGUGGACUCCUGUCGGCCCUGCAGCAGGGGGAUCAUCAUCCCAGUCUCAGAAACGCUCAGGACUCCAGGGCGGACAUAGCAGCCAGAGGAGCAACGGGGGAAGUAGCGGCAGCAGCAACAGUAGCCAAAGAGGGGAGGUGCGGGAAAAGAAGUCGAGCAAACACAGCGGCGGCUCGGAGCACUCGAAGUCGCACACGUCGAGUCCAGCUAAGGGCUCCCUGAGCUCCUCCAGCGGUCACUCGCGGAGCUCUUUGUCUGCCGAGCAGCACCACAGCAAAGAACGUUACCGCUCCAAGUCCCCACGCGACAGGGAAGCAAACUGGGACUCUCCCUCACGGGUUCACACCUCCUUCCCCAGCGGACAGCACUCGAGCCAGUCGUUUCCCCCGUCUCUUAUGUCCAAGCCCAUCCCCAUGCAGCAGAAGCCCACGGCAUACGUGCGGCCUAUGGAUGGCCAGGAAACCGCGGAACCCAAGAGCUCGCAAGCAGAAAGUUACAGCGGACAGUCGCACAGUAGCACCAUGGGAGAGAUGAAGUCCAAUGGAAAAGCCUCGCUUUCCAAACUCAAGAUACCCUCGCAACCCGUGGAGGGAUCCGGGGAUGCCAACUGCGUAGAUGAAAUUCUAAAGGAAAUGACUCAGUCGUGGCCUCCACCGCUGACAGCCAUCCACACCCCCUGCAAAACGGAGCCCUCCAAGUUUCCAUUCCCCACCAAGGAUACUCACCCUUUUCCGAGUGGACACAAGCGAGCCAGUUCAUCCAAAAGCUCAAGCAGCCACCAGCCCAAAGCCUGCGAUGACCAGCCAACUAUGCUAGAAGAUGACCUGAAGCUAAGCAGUAGUGAGGACAGUGAUGGAGAACAGGACUCUGCCAAGAAUGCCUCAAGGAACACGUCAGCAAGCACGAACAGCGAAGCGGCUGACCAGUCAAGAGACGACUCCAGCAGCCACAGCGGGUCCGAGAGCAGCUCGGGCUCGGACAGCGAGAGCGAAAGCAGCACGACCGACAGCGAAGCCAACGAGCAGCCGCGACCCGCCUCUCCCGAACCUGAACAACACAUGGCCAACAAGUGGCAACUGGACAACUGGUUCAAAAAGACGAAGCAGCUUUCCCCUGCGUCUCCAGUGGACAGCAGCAAUGCUCCACCCAAAUGCAAGAAAGAAGGUCGAGAUAACGGCUCAGGGCGAGGCUACGGCAGCCAGGGAGGGAGCUCGAAAGAUUCGGCGACGCCCACCCCGAGCAGGGACCUGCGGGCCGCGCAGAAGGGUGCAGAAGGUGGCCGUGGGAGGCAAAAGUCGCCCGCCCAGAGCGAGGGUGGCGCAAAUCCUCGAAUUCGAGUGGGUAAAAAGCAACCCAAAAAGUCCGAGAAGCCCCCCGUGGUUGAGGAACCCAAGGGAGGUUUGAGAGUGGAGACCGAGCCCGCUCCGGACAUACCUCGGCCCAAAGCUCCCACUAAAGGUUCCCGUAAGCCAAGCAUCAAAAAAGAGCCCAAAUCCUCACCGAGGCCCACCGCGGCCUCCGUCACCACCACCGCCGACAAACGCAAGGGCAAGAUAGCCAGCAAAACUUCCCAGAAGUCUCGAGAAUUUGUCGACACGGACUCCUCGUCGUCGGACUCCGAGGGGAACGAAAGCAUCCCGUCCUCGUCGCAGACGCCCAAAUACACAGAGAGCAUCAGAACCCCUGUGUGUGUGUUUUCUCCUAUGGAAGAGAAAGAACUGUUGUCUCCGCUCAGUGACCCUGAGGAGCGCUACCCUGCGAGGCAGCCGCCGCAGCAGGUUUUACUCGUGAAGAUAGAUCUCAGCUUGUUGUUGAGAAUCCCAGGGCGGCCCUACAAAGAGCCCGCAGAGAUAAAAGUGGAGAGGGACGACUCUCUGGACAGGGACAGCAAAGACUUCAGCAAGCAGAGCACCGAGAAGAGCUCAAGCAAAGCCAAGAGGAAACACAAGAAUGACGAUGAAAGUGCCAAGAUAGAGGGGAAGCGGUGCAAACUGGAGGAUAAGUCUCUGUCUCAUCAUAAAAACAGCAGUAAAGACAGGUCUAAAAGAUCUUUGGAGAAGAAAGAGGAGCCGGUCCCCUCUCCUUCUAUGUCCGGCCUCCAGCGAACGCCGAAGGCAGAGCAUCCGAGUCGGAAGAGGACGGUCAGCCAGUCGUCCACCUCGCUGUCCAGCGGCGCAGGAAGUGGGAAAGAGGGGAGCCACGGCACCAAGGGCAGCUCCACCUCCAAACACAGAAAAGGAGAGGACAAGGGACGCAGCACACGUGACUGCAAGGAGAAAUCCUCAAAGGGCUGCGAUAACCAGCUGGCUGUGCCUCCACUCUCCACAGAUGGGUCCAAGUCUCAAAGAUCCAAGCUGGUGUUUGAGGACAGGGUCCAUUCAGCAGAUCACUACCUACAAGAGGCCAAGAAACUUAAACACAAUGCAGAUGCACUGUUGGACCGUUUCGAGAAGGCCGUUUACUACCUGGACGCUGUGGUGUCCUUCAUCGAAUGUGGUAAUGCUCUGGAAAAGAGUGCUCAAGAGGCCAAAUCUCCCUUCCCCAUGUAUGGCGAAACUGUGGAACUCAUCAAAUACACUAUGAAGUUAAAAAGUUACAUGGCCCCAGAUGCCACUUCAGCAGACAAGAGGCUCGCUGUGCUUUGCCUUCGAUGCCAGUCUCUUCUCUACCUGCGGUUAUUCAAGCUGAGGAAAGACAGUGCUCUGAAAUACUCCAAAACACUCACUGAACACUUAAAGAAUUCUUUGAGUAACACCCAGGCUCCGUCUCCAGGAAUGGGAAAUAAGGCAGCAGGCAUGCCCUCUCCAGUGUCUCCCAAACUCUCCCCCGGCACGGCGGGCGGCUACUCGGCGGUCAGCAGCAGCAGCAGCAGCACCAGCUCGUCUGUGACCAUACCUCAGCGUAUCCACCAGAUGGCUGCCAGCUACGUCCAGGUGACCUCCAACUUCCUGUACGCCACCGAGGUCUGGGACCAGGCCGAGCAGCUGUCCAAGGAGCAGAAAGAUUUCUUCUUGGAGUUGGACAAAGCGAUGGGUCCUCUGAUCUUCAACACCAGCAGCAUGACGGAACUGGUGCGCUACACGCGGCAGGGCCUCCACUGGCUGCGCCUGGACGCUAAGCUCAUUCCCUAGCGAGGACUCGGUCCCUGCACGCUGCUUCCAAACACCCACACCUCAGCCUCUAGUUUCCAGCCACAUGUGCUCAAAGACACACACACACAUAUACACACACACGCACGCAUGAUCUCAAAGCUGAUAGACACAUGGACUGUUGCGUACUGUAUGAACUUACACACACACGCACACACACACACACACGAUGAAACCCUCAGACAUAUCUCCAACACUGUGUCCAUUUUCAACACCAGCUUGCCAAACAAACACUGAGCAAUUGAGAACAUCUCACACCUUGGACCGCACCACACAGGGAGAGGCAUCCGACCUGCAGCAGGAAUCAAAAGAGCUCAUCGCCUGGCUUGUCAUAUCGGCGCCUCCCGGGAUCCCGGAAGGCCACGUUUUUAUCUCUUCAGCAUGGGAGCAUCAGGUGAACUAUUUAUUCUGAAUACACUAAUAUUGAGGUUUGGCUUGUAGGCUACUUUGGCUUUUAACAUUUUCUUUUACUUAGUUUCACCAAAGUACCUCCCAUGAACACCAAAGGUGCUUUAAAAUGAAGGUUUCUCUUUAUCAUUUUUGUGCCUUGUAUGUGAGCUACAGGAAAUCUGAUCACCGGUCAUAUCUGAUCCAAUUUUAUUUAUUUUUUUAUUUUAUUUGCGAUAUCCACAGUUGUGUGUGAGCUGGGUUUUUUUUUUUUUUUUUUUUUUAGCAGUUCAUGGAAGCUGAUAACAAUGUUAUUAUUGCGGUCUUGAAUCUUUAAAUCUUCUUCUGAUACUGGAAAGCAAAGAUUUUUCGCCACCACAAAUGUUCCCAGAAUUCAUCUGUCUUCAGUUUUUUUUUUUUUAAACACCAGAGGUUUAUCUAGAAACAUGCCCACAUGAUUGAUGAACUGUAGAAAGGGCUAGCAUUCGCAACAGAUUAAUAUCUUCAAAAAUAUUUAUACUAAUUUAAUCAAAUUGUGUACCUAACCCUAGUUGCAAAUGAAAUAUUGAUGAGUUUUCCCUAAACUAUUGAUCUUUAAAUAACUCGAUCACCAAAAUGUUUUGUGUCAAUGAAGUUUUAGUCUGAAUAAGCAUUUUUUGAUACUUUUUUUAAAAUAUUGUUAGAAUAAAUUCCUUGAGGGGAAUUAAUUUCCAGACAGUGCUUUUAAUUUUUUUUUUUUUUUUUUCCUGAUGGCUUUGUUCGCCCACAGCGUGUUUUCCGAAGGAUCGACAGGGAGCGUCUAAAGUAUUAAACCUCGCGUCCACAUAUGCAUGCAGUUAUUUACAUUGCAGUUUAGAAAAACUCCUAAUUUGGCGCAAUAAAAGGCAAACUUAGGAAAAGAGAAUCUUCACAGAUUCCAGCUUAACAGUAAUUAUCAGUGUUGCUUUUCUUCAGCAGAGUUUUAAUUCUAUGAUUAUAUAUUUCAAAUAAGUAUAUCGACCAGUAAAGAUUUUAUUUAUAUACCAAGCAGUUUUUGUUCUAUUUUAUUUUUCACCUUUUUCCAGCUCAGUAAAAGUAUAACUUGUAAAAAUGCAUAACUUUAAAACAGGGUUGCGAAAAGGGGUGGUAAGAAUUAUUUGUAUAUGUUAUUAUUCCUAUUUAAAUUUUAUAAAUCAUACUUGUAUCACAGUAAGGUAGAGAUGACAGCGUAACUGUGUUAGAAUAUGAGCAUUUCUUUUUAUUUAAAACUUACGAGUCGCCAUCAGAAAUACAUGUGGCGGUCAGUUCAAUUAGAAUUAUAGCAUUUCUGUUGCAAUUUAACACGACAAACAAGCUUUUCUUAUUUUCCGUAGUUUCAAACCCGCUUCCAAUGAAGAAUAAUUAUGCUGGAAUACAGAAUCCUGGGCCAAAUCUUUUUUCUUUUUUCUUUUUUUUUUUCCUAUUGGUUGAUUUUGUUUUACUUGAACAAGAAGUAUCAGAAAGCUUCAGAUCUCGCUCAUCUUUACUCCUUUGUAAUUGGUUUUAAAUUUUAAAUUUCAUCUCGGACUCCAUGGUGUGGCUGUUGGGCCCAGGGGUUUUUCCUGUGAUGUGCAUUUUCUUUCAUUCACUGGCUCCCUGGCCUUUACUGUAGGAGGGGAUACUGUUAUUUUCUCUUACACUUGAAAAAGAGAAAGUCAGAGAUCUUUUUUUAAUCUAUGCAGGAUAUAUAUAUUUUUUUGGGUUUGGUUUUACUUUUCGGCUUGGGAUUUUUCUCUCCCCCUGCUUCGACUUUUUCUUUUUUCGCCUCAGUGAAGAAACCUGUUGAACUCAAGUGUCCAAUGCCUUUAGCUUUUUGCAAUUUUAUGUACUGGUUUAGUACACGUGUGUAUAUAGCUGUGUUUUUUCUAACCAAACAUGAUGGCUCAAGCCAUUUUGUACUUAAAAGCUGGAGGCCACUUUUCUCAUAAGGAUUCCUCUAUGGGUUGUGACGCCCCAGUCAAUGUCUUCAUACACUGGUACACUUUGUAAGUACAGCUCCGCGCCUUCUGUUCCCUACACCAUCUCGUAGUCAAAUGUAAAGAAAAAAUACAAUUAGCAUUAGAAUAAUUUUUAACGGUUUGCUACUCACACUUAUUUAUUUUUCUGCCCCUUUUGCUUUUUUUUUUUGUUUGUUUUUGUUUUGUUUUUUUUCUUUCUAUUUUUGCCUUUUUAAGGAAUACCAUUUUAUGAAAUAGGAAGAUGUAAAUGUGCUGGAGUUGUUCAUGAUGAGAUUUCAUUGUAAGUAGUAAUUAAUAUUGAAUCUAACUUGAAAGAAUCCAGGGUAAGAUGAGUUUUUUGACAUUCAGUAGGAAGAUGUUAACACUUGCAUGUUUCUAUUUAAAUACGACUGUAUAAAUUGUAAAUAUAACAUUUCUUUAAGGGUGGAUUUCUACUACAGGUUGACAUUUCUAUUGAAUUUAAAAAUGCUGUAAAUAGACUUGUGAGAUACUUUAUGCACAUUUUUCUCCUCCCUCCUCUGCGGGCUUUUGUGUUCUUCCUUCCUAGACGUUGCUGAUGACGUUGCUGUCUGUCAGACGGACUUUUAUGUCCUUUUUUUUUUUUCUUCUUCUUCUUUAACGUCCUCAGCUCCACUCGUCUCUCAGUAUCACGGUCGCCACAUAAUCAUUGACGUCUCUGGAUCCAAGUGCGAAUAUUUUGUCCUCUCUGUAUUUGAUAUGGAGCGUGUACUUUUCAUGAAAUGUAUAUUGUUGCGGUCAUGGGAUGGAUGGAUGGAUGGCAUGUACAGUCUGUUAUGUAAAACCACGUCUGCUUCUUCCUCAGAGAGAGGUGUAUUUACUAUGUGUCCCUUUUGAACAAUUGGUCCACCAUGUCUUUUGAAACAGAGGUAUUUCUCUACACGUCAAAACAGUUGUAGCAGUUUAUACAGUAUGUUGUAUAACACCUUUUUUCUAAAAAGUUGUCUCAAGACCGAGACCAGCAGCAUACACUAUGUACAAUAAUCUAAAUUGGAUUAGUUUUAAGAGAACUGAUAGAGAUACUAUAUAUGAUGGAUGCAAUAUGAUUAAAGGUACUCAUUGAGUUUGAUCUUCAAACUUAGGUUAUGUAAUUUAAAA